GGUCUCUCAAGUCACAAUCACUACUCUGACUGAGUCACGGGUCACGAGUCACGCUCCAGUCGCGAAUCGUGAAUGCACCAUCUUCGCCAGCUCAGUCAGUGAGAGACCUUCUUUCCAUCUCUCACGCCAUCACGCUCUCUUGCCUGUUGCAGAAGUGUCGAUCCACGCCGAGCUCGUCAACGGUUUCGAAGAAGGUUCCUCCACGCCGCUCUUGUAAGUCAUCCCUCGCACCGCUCUGCACCACCUUCACACGUAGCGGCAGCAGCAGCACAGCGCAGCACGGCACGUCACACAUUUCGAUCGGCUCGGCUUUGCGCACACCAAGGUUUUGCUGCUAGACCCGCGAGUCAAGCGCCGGUGAGCUUGCGGUCACCAGAUCAGCGCUCCAGUGUUGCCUAGCAGAGCUUCACCCAAGCUGGACAGUACCAACAGUCGAUCCGCGCAUACACUCAGCGCUUCGACAAUGUCGAAACCAAGCGCCAGCAAGGGGUUAAGGAGCCAGCAAGGGGCUUUGCUCUUCCUCUGCGUACUUGCAGCCAUUCUUGCCUUCUCAAGCUCCCCUUCCCAGGCGUCCGACAAUGCUUCAGCAGUUAGCUUUGCAGCCAUCCACAGACGGGCGACGAUUGGUGGAGCACCAGCUUACGACUUGCCGAUGCCUAGGUCGUACGAUACGCAUCACUAUUAUGCAGUGCAGAUCAAGAGGACGCACUCGAAUCACGUGGACAUCAGGGAUGUGUCCGAAGCGCUUGGCGUGGAGUUCGUCGAAAGGGUCGGAGAGUUGAAAGAUCAUUGGCUUGUACGCGCAGAAAAGCCUCUAGACCCCUCAUCCCUCACACUGGCUGCUCGUGAUACAGAUCCUCGCUCUUCUGGAGAAGUCAAGAUCAAACGCCGGGACUGGAGCGAAGACGAAGAUCCUAUCAUUUCACGAUGGCGAUCAUACAAGCGCUCGCCUCGCCAAAACAGUGCUAUCCUCUCCAAACGACAAGUCCAUCUCUUUGAAUCUAUCGUCGACGUGGAGCGGCAGGUGCUCAAGAAGCGUCAUAAGCGGGAUAAGAUUAUCAGUCCUUGGGACACACCGGAACACUACCCCGAAGUGCGCGCACCGAUUCCUGGUCCUGAACCCCAGCCCUAUCCGGAUCCUAUGCCCCUGCCAAUACCAGACGGCAGCAACCUCAAGUCUACUCGCAUGCGCCAACAAUUCAACAUCGCUGACCCCAUCUUUACGGACCAAUGGCAUCUGACGAACGACAAGCGAGACUCUAAUGAUCUAAAUGUCACUGGGAUCUGGGCACAAGGCAUUCACGGCAAGGGCUCGAACGUGUGCUUGAUCGAUGAUGGGCUCGACUUCAACAGUCCAGACCUCAAGGAUAAUUUCUUCGAAGCCGGAUCGUAUGACUUUAACACACAUACUCCCUUGCCGAAGCCUUUGCACUCCGACGACCAACAUGGGACGCGCUGCGCAGGAGAAAUCGCUGCAAUUAAGAAUGACGUCUGCGGCGUCGGUGUUGCGUGGGAUGCAAAGGUUGCCGGCGUUCGCAUUCUAUCUGGACCUAUCUCUGAUGUGGAUGAAGCUGCAGCACUGAAUUAUCGCUACCAAGAAAAUCAGAUCUACAGCUGCAGUUGGGGUCCGCCCGAUGAUGGCCGAGCCAUGGACGCCCCAAGGGGACUGAUCGCCAAAGCUGUCCUGAAUGGUAUUCAAAACGGCAGAGGUGGCAAGGGCAGCAUUUUCGUCUUUGCCGGAGGAAACGGAGGUGCCUCCGAUGAUCAAUGCAACUUUGAUGGAUACACGAAUUCAAUCUACACCAUGACGAUUGCCGCAGUGGACCGCGAGAAUCAGCAUCCUUACUACAGCGAGAUGUGCGCGUCAAACAUCGCAACUGGUUGGAGCAGUGGCAGCGGCGACCAUAUUCACACUACAGAUGUUGCUUGGAACGGGGUGAAUCGUUGCACGACUCAUCACGGAGGAACCUCUGCUGCAGCGCCUCUAGUCGCCGGUGUCAUCGCGCUUGCGCUCCAAGUCCGUCCAGAGCUAACCUGGCGUGACAUGCAGCACAUUGCCGUUCACUCUGCCCAAAUGGUCAACCCCGAUGACAAGGAUUGGCAAGUCACUCAAGCCGGUCGCCACUACAACCACAAGUAUGGCUAUGGUAUCAUCGAUGCGUUCAAAUUUGUCGAGGAAGCCAAGACUCAUACAUUGGUCAAGCCUCAGGCUUGGGCUGAGUCCCCAAACGUUACGCUGGCACGUGACAACACCCUCAUAACUGGAGAUGGUACUCACAGCACGUUCACUGUGACCAAGGAAUUCCUGGAGAAGAACAAUGUAGACACUCUGGAGCAUGUGACUAUCCGAGUUUGGAUAUCUCACGAGCGCCGCGGAGACGUCGACGUGGAAUUGGUUUCUCCGCACGGCACCAAGUCAGUACUCGCACGUCCUCGCAGAUACGACGACGCCACGACAGGAUUCCCUGGCUGGGGUUUCAUGACCUUGAAGCACUGGGACGAAGAUCCGAUCGGAGACUGGAAAAUGACUGUUUACGACAGGGCACACCCUAAGCAGACUGGAAACUUCUGGGCCUGGACCAUCACCUUGUGGGGUCAAGUCAUCGAUCCCGCAAAGGCCAAGGCUUGGAAUUUCCCAGAAGACAGUAUCGAAUUCCACGAGACCCUGGAAGCUGCCCCCACCACGACCACUGUGUACCAGCCGGGAGGAGCUGCCAGUCAGCGUCCAAAGCCUACAGACCACUUGCCACCUGACCAUGGCUCCCGACCAGGCGAGAGCGACCAUGACUUUACCAACAGUGGACCAGGCCAAAGCUCUCCUGAGGCCGACACCGGCUACUUGGCAGGUCUCAAGAAUCGCAGCAGCUGGCUAUUCAUUGCUGGCGGCGUGGUCCUGAUCUUUGCAGGCUCUCUUGCUGCCUUCUUCAUCAUUCGACGCCGUCGUCAGCGCCGGUUCGGACCUGAUGCAGCCGCAGCGUACGAAUUUGUGCCUGGAGAAGAGGACGAAGAGAUGGCGAUGAGUGCGAUGGGAGGGUCUGCAGGUGCGACUGGUGGAAGAGGGGGUCGACGUGCACGCGCGAAGGAACUGUACGAUGCGUUUGGAGAGGCUACGGAUGAUGAGGACGAAGGCGAAGAGGAUGCUUUGGUCAAACGAGGAGCCAGGCCCGGCCAGUAUAAGGACGAGCCCGACACUCCAACGGUUCGGGAACAUAAGGAGGGAGAAGAAGAUUCGAGAUUCGCAAUCUCCGACGAAACCCAGACUCCGCUCACAGCCGAAACGCCAGCUCGAGGUCGAGGCCAAGCCACUUCUCCAGCACCUGUACUUCGAAGUCAAGAGAUGGACAAGGGCAGGAGCGAGCAGUUGCUUUUCGAUGCGGAAGAUGACGAUGAAGAGCGGGGCGAAGAGGGUAGCGGUGGAAGUGGAGGAAGCUGGCAGGAUGCAUCUCGACCUUGAGCGGGCCAGGGAUGUCAAGACGUCAUUUGCGCUCCUCCGCAUGACCGCUUGGGAUGCUAGCUUUUGCGAUCACGCGUAUGACCUCUGACAUCCGGUCGCAGACUCAAAUCUAUAGUCGAUGCAGGGCGGCCCUAGACAGCCUCCAGAUGCUGCAGAGAUGCAUUGCCAAUUGCAGCCCUCAAAACGCUUUAUGUGAAUAUGUAUCUGCUAGGAGCUUGCCUGACCAAGAAACAGAUUGAUGCAAACCGA